UUCAAAUGAAUUUAAGUGUUAAUAACUCCAAUGGAACUGGUACAUUUGAUAAUGGAUUUUAUUUAGUUGCUUUUAACUCUUUGGGCAGUAAGAACUACCUGAUCCUGGCAUUGGGAAUUAUCUAUGUGAUUACUCUACUAUGUAAUUUUACACUUCUGGCUAUGAUCAUGAUGAACUCAAGUCUACAUAACCCCAAAUUUCUUGCGGUGUGUAACCUGGCAGUAGUUGACAUUUCUAUAAACAGUGUUAUUAUUCCUCAAAUGGUUCCUGUUUUUGUAUUUAAUCUUAAUCACCUCAGUUUUGAAGCAUGCUUCACUCAAAUGUUUUUCAUGCACUUUUUUGGUGACAUGGAAUCCUUUUCACUAGCCCUAUUGGCUUAUGAUCGCCUGAUUGCUAUCUGCUUUCCUUUGCGCUACCCAACAAUCAAUACUAAUCUAAGGAUGAUGGUUAUCAUAGCUGCAUUGUGGUUACUGGUAGUUUUAAUUGAGAUUUACCCUGUAGUUUUGGCCAGUCGACUCUCCUACUGUAGAUCAAGGGUAGUAUCAAGCUCUUGUUGUGAACAUGGUCAAGUCUUCCGCCUAGCCUGUGGAGAUAUUUCUUAUAACAGAAGUCUAGCAACUACUAAGACAUUAGCUGUUCUUCUUGGUCCACUGACUUUUAUUGUUUGCUCGUAUGUGAUUGUGGUGGUAGCGGUGCUGCGAAUUGCAUCCACAGCCCAACGCUGGAAGGCCUUCAACACCUGUUUUACUCACAUGGUCCUGGUCCUCAUUUAUUUUAUGCCAGUUAUUUUGGCUUAUAUACUAGGGAACUUGCAAUUAGUGCAAUCACUUGAUCUUUACACAACUGUUCUGACUGUGUCCAGUACACUACCAGCCAUGUUAAACCCUAUUAUAUACAGUUUAAAGACUGAGGAACUGCAAGAGAAGUUGCUGAAACUUUUUGGGCCACAGAAAGUGUCACCACAGUUAAUGAAAUAG